CAGAGGGCUGCAGCCGAGAUGGAUCCAUCGGGAAAUUAAUGAUUAUGAAUUCAUCAGAAUUCUCAACUUCUCCGCCUGCCUGUCUGCCUGCAGUCGAAAUAAUUGCGGAGUGUUGUUUUGUCAAAAAGUGGUCAGGCCGUUGGUUGAUCAAAUAUUUAUAGAGAAAGGAGAAUGGCCAAAGUGGUGGAUGAAUUGGUGCCUCACCCUGUCAAAGAACAGCUGCCUGGCGUAGAGUAUUGCAUCAAUAGCAACCCUUCUUGGGGUGAAGCAACCAUUUUGGGAUUCCAACACUAUUUGGUAAUGCUGGGGACUACUGUGAUCAUUCCUACCAUCAUUGUUCCGUACAUGGGCGGCGGCAAUGUCGAAAAGGCUCAAGUGAUACAAACUUUGUUGUUUGUUUCUGGGCUGAACACAUUGUUACAAACCUGGUUCGGGACACGAUUACCGGUAGUUAUAGGGGGUUCAUUCAGAUUCAUUGUUCCAUCUCUUUAUGUUGCAUUCGCCCAAAGAUAUUUCUUCUCAUUCAGCCCUUCUCAGAGGUUUAUUAGCACAAUGACGGCAAUACAAGGAGCUCUCAUGGUAGCUUCAGUGCUACCAAUGUUGCUUGGCUUUCUAGGAAUUUGGAGGAUUGUUGUCAGGUUCCUGAGCCCUCUUUCUGCUGUGCCUCUUGUAACUCUUGUGGGACUUGGCCUCUAUGAACAGGGCUUCCCGCUGCUUGCACAGUGUGUCGAAAUUGGGCUUCCCGAGCUUGUUAUUCUGAUUUUGUUGGCUCAGUAUGUUCCGGGUUUUUGGAGCUUUAAACGUCCCAUAUUUGAUCGUUAUGCUGUCCUGUUGUCUGUCGGGAUAGUCUGGGCCUAUGCAGCUCUUCUUACCGUAGCUGGUGCAUACAACAAUACACCACUGAAUACACAGCUAAGUUGCCGUGUUGAUCGAUCAGGGCUUGUAAGUGGAUCAUCAUGGAUCAGCUUUCCGUAUCCGAUUCAGUGGGGGCAACCCAGCGUACAUGUGGGAGAAGUUUUUGUGGCGAUUGCUGCAGCAUUUGUUGCUAUGGUUGAGUCAACAGGGGCAUUCAUUGCUGCAGCCAGAUUUGGGAGCGCUACUCAUAUACCUUCUUCGGUUCUUAGCCGAGGCAUCGGCUGGCUGGGAUUCGGCAUGUUUCUGGAUGGUUUAUAUGGAACGGGAACUGGAUCUACUGUAUCAGUUGAAAAUGUGGGAUUGUUGGCUCUAACAAGAGUUGGAAGCCGCAGAGUAGUCCAGAUAUCGGCGCUGUUCAUGCUCUUCUUUUCGGUAUUAGGAAAGUUUGGGGCUGUGGUGGCCUCCAUUCCCUUGCCCAUUGUGGGCGCUCUCUAUUGCGUCCUCUUCGCGCUCAUGUCCUCUGCUGGGUUGGGGCUGCUGCAAUAUUGCAACCUCAACAGCUUCAGGACAAAGUUCAUAAUUGGUUUCUCAUUCUUCAUGGGGCUUUCGGUGCCAAGAUAUUUCAGUGACUAUGUCAUAACAAAUUCUGGAUUGGGUCCUGUAAGAACCCCUUCAAUGUGGUUCAACAAGAUGGUGCUGUUGGUGUUCACAUCCCCUGCCACAGUAGCCGGGAUUGUCGCCAUAUUUCUGGACCUGACAUUCGCACGAAAGCACGCUUCGAGCCGGAAGGACAGCGGGAGGCAUUGGUGGGCAAAAUUCAGAUACUAUGGAAAAGAUCCUAGAAGUGAAGAGUUUUAUAGCCUUCCAUAUGGCUUUUCCAAAUAUUUCCCUUCAGUUUGAUAAUUAUUUUAUACUAUAUGAUAAUGACUCAACCACCCGUAUAUAUAUAUAUAUAUAUAGAUAUAAUUAACAACUAUUGAUAGAUUGAUACUAAGGAAAGUAUAUACUUGCAUCUGUGUACCUACAAUAAUUUGCCAAAGAAAACAUUCACACAUAUCCUCAAUCCUCUUGGAUCCAUCUACAUAUGUCUUUAAAUGACUUUUUUUUACAUUAUAUCUUUCUCAAUAUAUAUUAUACUAUUAAAUACUAAACCCUCAUCAAGUAUAUUUUUCUUUUUUAUUUGUACACCAUAAUUUAUACAUUCAUUUUAUCUAAAAAUAAAAAAAUAAUAAAAAAUCACCCAAUUAACUCAUUCAUAUAUUUUUCGAAAUGCUUCUAUGAGUGUAACCUUUGGAGGGUAAGUUAAACAGAAUUUGACGUAUUACAACAUGGAAG